AUGCCCAAAAGGCUUCCCCGCCGCCGUUCCAGCUCACCCUCCGCAUCCCAAAUCAGUCUCCCCACCGCGCGCCGCCACCUCCACCGCCACGGCGACCGCCGGUGCACCCCUCCAUUGGCGACCAUCGCGCGCACCACCGCCCUCCCCGCCGCUCGGCUCCUGCUGCGCGGGCGCACGGCCUCCUCUGCCUCCGCCGCGGCCCUCGCUGUCCUCCCCUUUCCCACCAGCUCCUCCUCCGACGACUCCGACGAGGCCAAGCCCCUCCCGCCUCCGCCCGCACCGGAUGGAUCCCCCUCUCCCCCGCACCGUCAGAACCAGCCGUGCUGGCAGCGCGAGCGCGACUGCAACGUGGCCAUGAAGGCCCUGGCGCGCGCGGGCGACGUGGACCAGGUGGUCGCCCUCUUCGCCGACCUCAGGACCUCCGGCGCCGGCGCCGGCGCCGGCAAGGGCGAUGCCUCGCCGCCCAACGUGCUCUGCUACAACACGCUCGUCAACGCGCUCGCGGAAGCCGGGCGGCUGGAGGAGGCCCGCGUCGCGUUCGACGAAAUGCUCGCGGCGGGGGUGGCGCCCAACGCGUCCUCCCUCAACAUCCUCGUCAAGCUGCACUCCUGGAGGUCCGCGCGGUUCGACCUCGCGUACAAGGACAUCCUCCGGAUGGGCGACCUCGGGGUGGAAGCGGACGUGGGCACCUACUCCACGCUCGUCACGGGGCUGUGCCGGGCAGGGAGGGUCGGCGAGGCCUGGGGCGUGCUCGACUGGAUGCUGGAAGAGGGCUGCCGUCCCAUGGUGCAAACCUACACGCCCAUCGUGCAGGGGUAUUGCCGCGAGGGCCGCGUCGAGGAGGCCAAGGAGCUCAUGGCCACCAUGGAGCGUGCUGGCUGUCCUCCCAAUGUAGUCACCUACAAUGUUCUCAUCAGGGCUCUGUGUGAUGCCGCCAGAUUUGAUGAAGUCAGGCAGGUUUUGACCGAGAGAACAGCAAAGGAUUGGACGCCCAGCACUGUCACCUACAAUACGUUUAUGAAUGGUCUCUGCAAGAAAGGUAUGGCUAAGGAAGCACUUGACCUGCUGGAUGUUAUGCUAGGCGAAGGGCUGGAUCCCACUGAUUUUACUCUGAGUAUUCUUCUGAAUUGCCUCUGCCAUGACUCGAGGAUUCCAGAGGCCAUAUACUUGCUAGAGAGGAGUACAUCAUUGAAGUGGUAUGCUGGUGUUGUUGCGUACAACACUGUGAUGAGCAGGUUAUGUGGAGCGGGACAUUGGAUGGGUGUUCUCAAGCUCUUGACAGACAUGAUCAAGAAAGGUAUCAUGCCAAACACGAGGUCGUUCAACAUUUUUAUUCGCAGUCUUUUCUUCGGUCGGCAGUUCCGCUUAGUCAAGAGCUUGAUCCGGAACCAAGGCUUUGCUGCAACUGCAAAUGUUGUCACGUACAAUACACUCAUUUAUGCGAUGCCUAGUGAGCUGAAUAACCUAAUGCAGAGAAUGAAAGAGCAGAAUAUUGCUGCAGAUGAAGUCACCUACACUAUAAUGGUUGAUAGGUUGUGCAGAGCUGGACAAUUUGUUGCAGCCACUAAUCUUUUUCUAGAAUCACUUGAGAUUGGACUGUCGAGGGAUCUUUUUGCCGUCCUUACAAACAAGCUUGCGCACAAUGACAAGAUCUGGGAGAUGACUCGCAUAUUCCAGGGAAUGGAGAAAAAGGGUUUUAUCCCUGAUAAUUCUAUAUUUGAUAUCACAAUCAGAUCAUUCUGUAGGACUGGUCAUUGUCACGACAGAAAUUUUUUUAAGCUUAACUUUAUUCUGGAUACAAUGUUGGUGCCAAGUUUCAUGCACUAGCCAACGCAACCAGUCCAAACUGAUGGAAAAGGGCUAGACAAUCCACAUAUGACUGUGACAUGGAGAAGUCAA